AAAAGUGAAGUAUAUAAAAGAGCUAAAAGGCAGUGAGGUUGAUCAACAAAAAGAAAGAUAACUUUCACAUACUCUUCCAAACGAAGACAAAAGCCUUUUGGGAUCAUUCAACAAAGACAAAGAUGACUUCUCCAUCAUCAUCUACCUUCAGACCAAAGUUAACAGAUCAAGAGUAUAUGGAGCUUGUUUUUGAGAACGGGCAGUUUCUUGCAAAGAGCCAAAGAUCUAACGCCUUUUCUCUGCAGAAUCAACGUACCAAGUCGAUCGUGGAUUUGUACGAGGAUGAGUAUAACGAGGAUUUCAAGCAGACUUUGAAAGAUUGUUCAUCAAAGAACAUGGUGGUUGAUUAUCAGGAGGUCGAGUUUAUACCUCCUGAUGAGCAAUCUGUGGUGGUUGCUAAAAGGUCGGUCGAAUUCAGCUUUGACUCCACAGAUUUUACUGCAGACAGUGAAUGGUCGACGUAUCUAAGCAGUGAUGAGUCAGAUCCGAGGCCACGAGUCCCUGCAAGAACAAGAAAAGCUUUGGUCAAGAGAAGACGAAGUAACGAGCUUUAUAACUCACCUGAAAAAAAGCAAAGAAACGAUAUCAACAAGAAAUUGCGUGCUUUACAGAAUUUAUUACCCAAGUCUGACAAGGAGGAUAACGAAUCAACGUUGGAUGAAGCAAUUAAUUAUGUGACGAACCUUCAACUUCAAGUUCAGAUGAUGACGAUGAGUAACGGCUUUGUUGCACCAGCAAUGAUGUUGCCUUUUGGGCCGCAUUACUCUCAGAUGGGUCUACCAACAUGUAUGCAAAUGGGCGUACCACAGUUUCUGCCUCCGCCUGUUCUAGGAUCUGGUUACUCAGCAGAUAUGCAAAUGUUUCUUAACCAUCCUGGACUAAUGCCGAUGCAAAACUCUGCAUUUUUCAAUCCGGCCGAAAACUACUUCCCCCAAUCUGUACCGCCGUCAUGUGUUGCUUUCCCUAACCAAAUACAAAACUCCACCACUUUGUCAAAUCUAGAUGAUGCAAGAACACAUGGAGGAUCUCUCUCUGGUAAGAAACUGUGAGCAGAUGGAAUAGACAGUGAUGAUAGUUACCUGCUGAUUCGCCAGACUUGUUACUGUCCAAGUAAGAAGUGAGAACACUGGAGCCAUCUCAAGGUGUUUCAUACAGAUCCGAAAGAGCACUGCAAGAUCAGAACAACUAACCAUGGAAGGAUCUCUUUUUUAGUUCCAGCUUUUCUAGUUCAUGUAACAUAUAGAGGAGAAUAAUAAUAAUGUCGGGUACUAGUUUCCAACA